AUGUUGUACGGUAGGGGAGCUUCGUUCGAGAUAGAGGAGGCGGCGGCGGCGGAUGACAGGCCAGCGGCUCUUCUGCGUCGGGAGCUCAACAAGAUGGAGCGGAGCUGGCUGCUCCGGCCGGAUGAGCAUAAGACGACGACGAAGAAGCAUAAUACUAUCUUUCUUUGGAUGAUCGGCACCAUUUUAGCGGCCGGCUUAGCCACCGCAUUGAUCAGCUCUAUGGUCAUAAUGACCGGUUCUGGACACACGCGCGUUGCACAUGCGAAAUCCAAGGCUGGAAGAUUACCAGAGGAUAACAACGUGUCAUGGCGAGGAGACUCGUGCCUGAAAGUUGGUUCGAGUUUGUCCGAAGAUCUGUCCAGCGGCUUUUACGAUGCCGGGGAUGCAAUCAAGUUCAACUUCCCUCAAUCAUUCGCCAUGACUUUGCUUAGUUGGAGUGUCGUUGAGUACAACGCGAAAUACGAGGUAUCUGGAGAACUCAACCACGUUAAGGAAACCAUCAAAUGGGGAACUGAUUACUUGCUCAAGACCUUCAACGAUUCAGCUGAUAUUAUCGACCGAGUCGUAACUCAGGAUUUGGGAUACAUUGAUGAAAAACGGGAGGUUGGAGUAUUUUUCACGAUUCAUCAAUUUGAUAAUUCUGGAAGAUUACAAGAGGAUAACAACGUGUCAUGGCGAGGAGACUCGUGCCUGGAAGAUGGUUCGAGUUUGUCCGAAGAUCUGUCCGACGGUUAUUACGAUGCCGGGGAUGCAAUCAAGUUCAACUUCCCUCAAUCAUUCGCCAUGACUUUGCUUAGUUGGAGUGUCGUUGAGUACAACGCGAAAUACGAGGCAUCUGGAGAACUCAACCACGUUAAGGAAACCAUCAAAUGGGGAACUGAUUACUUGCUCAAGACCUUUAACAAUUCAGCACAUACUAUCGAUCGAGUCGUAACUCAGAUUUGCAUAAAUCGAAUGGGGGUAUUAAUGACAAGCCGAUUUACGGCUGGAAGAUUACCGGAGAAUAACAACGUGUCAUGGCGAGGAGACUCGUGCCUGAAAGAUGGUUCGAGUUUGUCCGAAGAUCUGUCCGUCAGCUAUUACGAUGCCGGGGAUGCAAUCAAAUUCGACUUCCCUCAAUCAUUCGCCAUGACUUUGCUUAGUUGGAGUGUCGUUGAGUACAACGCGAAAUACGAGGCAUCUGGAGAACUCAACCACGUUAAGGAAACCAUCAAAUGGGGAACUGAUUACUUGCUCAAGACCUUCAACGAUUCAGCUGAUAUUAUCGACCGAGUCGUAACUCAGGAUUUGGGAUACAUUGAUGAAAAACGGGAGGUUGAAGUAUUUUUCACGAUUCAUCAAUUUGAUAAUUCUGGAAGAUUACAAGAGGAUAACAACGUGUCAUGGCGAGGAGACUCGUGCCUGGAAGAUGGUUCGAGUUUGUCCGAAGAUCUGUCCGGCGGUUAUUACGAUGCCGGGGAUGCAAUCAAGUUCAACUUCCCUCAAUCAUUCGCCAUGACUUUGCUUAGUUGGAGUGUCGUUGAGUACAACGCGAAAUACGAGGCAUCUGGAGAACUCAACCACGUUAAGGAAACCAUCAAAUGGGGAACUGAUUACUUGCUCAAGACCUUUAACAAUUCAGCACAUACUAUCGAUCGAGUCGUAACUCAGAUUUGCAUAAAUCGAAUGGGGGUAUUAAUGACAAGCCGAUUUACGGCUGGAAGAUUACCGGAGAAUAACAACGUGUCAUGGCGAGGAGACUCGUGCCUGAAAGAUGGUUCGAGUUUGUCCGAAGAUCUGUCCGUCAGCUAUUACGAUGCCGGGGAUGCAAUCAAAUUCGACUUCCCUCAAUCAUUCGCCAUGACUUUGCUUAGUUGGAGUGUCGUUGAGUACAACGCGAAAUACGAGGCAUCUGGAGAACUCAACCACGUUAAGGAAACCAUCAAAUGGGGAACUGAUUACUUGCUCAAGACCUUCAACGAUUCAGCUGAUAUUAUCGACCGAGUCGUAACUCAGGAUUUGGGAUACAUUGAUGAAAAACGGGAGGUUGAAGUAUUUUUCACGAUUCAUCAAUUUGAUAAUUCUGGAAGAUUACAAGAGGAUAACAACGUGUCAUGGCGAGGAGACUCGUGCCUGAAAGAUGGUUCGAGUUUGUCCGAAGAUCUGUCCGGCGGUUAUUACGAUGUCGGGGAUGCAAUCAAGUUCAACUUCCCUCAAUCAUUCGCCAUGACUUUGCUUAGUUGGAGUGUCGUUGAGUACAACGCGAAAUAUGAGGCAUCUGGAGAACUCAACCACGUUAAGGAAACCAUCAAAUGGGGAACUGAUUACUUGCUCAAGACCUUUAACAAUUCAGUUGAUACUAUCGACCGAGUCGUAACUCAGUGUUGGCAGGUGGGAAGAGGGGGUUGCCCAAGUGGUACCGAUCCGAAUGACCACUCGUGUUGGAUGCGACCCGAAGACAUAGAUUACGAGAGACCUGUGACGGAAUGUCACAGGUGCUCUGAUCUAGCUGUGGAGAUGGCUGCAACUCUAGCAUCACCUUUGAUUGUGUUCAAGGACAGUAUUCUAUAUUCGCAUCAGCUGAUCCGUGGUGCAGAGACGCUCUUUCAGUUUGCGAGGGAGCAACGCGGCCUUUACAACAUUGAGAAUCAGGCAGCCAAUUUUUAUAAAUCGACGAGCUAUUGGGAUGAGUUCGUGUGGCGUGCCACGUGGCUUUACUACGCCACGGGGAACAUCUCGUACCUCGAGCUAGCGACCGCCCCGGCUCUCGCCACACGUGUCGGGGCCCUUGAGAGGAGCCACAGAGUUUUUAGUUGGGAUAACAAGCUCCUAGGAGCCCAAGUAAGUUAUUUAUUUAUUUAAUUAAUUUAUUUUUCGCUUAGUAGUUAAUAAUAAACACUAAUCCAAUUUUGUUUUUUUUUUUUUUGAUUUUAUAUGUAGGUGCUUUUGACUCGUGUACGGAUAUUUCUGAGCCCAGGAUAUCCGUACGAGCAGAUUCUAAACGAAUUCCACAAGCAGACGGAGUUGAGCAUGUGCUCAUUCUACCGAACUACACCUCGUUCAACCGAACACGAGGUACAUGUGUGAAUAGUAUUAUUAUUCUUUUUUGGAUUAAGUGCAUUUUGCCCCCUACACUUUAGCCUAUUUUCACUUUGCACCCUAUACUUUGGUAUGUUUUGAACUUUGCCCCUAUACAUUGGUCUAUUUUGCACUUUGCCCCCUAUACUUUGGUUUGUUUUGCACUUUGUCCCCCUACACUUUGGCCUAUUUUCACUGUGCCCCCUAUACUUUGGUCUGUUUUGCACUUUGCCCCCUAUAUUUGGUAUGUUUUGCACUUUGACCCCUAUACUUUGGUAUGAUUUGCACUUUGCCCCCUAUACUUUGACCUAUUUUGCACUUUCACCCCUAUACUUUGGUAUGUUUUGCACUUUUCCCCCUAU